UUGGGUGUUUCCUGACUUUGUCACAAACACUGCUUCAGUGAACCCAUUUGUCAUUGUCUUUACUCAAUCAUGAGCACAUUUGCAGAAUGAAAUCCUACAGAAGAAAUCACUGAGUCACGUGUGUGCAAACACAGUUUGUUUGAGUGAUGUUGCUGGAGCUGUGGGGAGUCGAGGUGGGCAGAGCCCAGCGAGGGGUCCACACCAAAACUGGCCAGACACCAGCCACAGGGCCUCUGACCUCGGCCACACUCCCCAGGGGGCACCAGAGGAGCAGCGCCAGCAUGCCCUGAAGACAGGACGAGUGCCCACUCGCAGUCAGCACCACCAUAGGGAGGAGGAGCAGAGGAGGGCUGGGGAGACUCAGGCAUCUGAAUAAGACUGAGAUUCCCAUUAGGCUUUGCCCAUCCGGGACCAGCUGAGAGGACCAGAAGCGGUGCUGAGUCCAAUUGCUCUGUAGACCCUCCAGCCUGAGGAGCAAGGUGCAGUGGAUGGGGACAAACUGUUCCAGAAUUAUAAAUGGGAAGCAGCUGCAUUUAUCUGCAUGUAGGAGAAGCAGCCACCUUCCCCUGUACCAGGAGUCUCAGCUGGAGGUCCACAGUAUCUUCCCAGGAGAGGCAGGUCAGCAUUUCUUAUCCUGCCUCCAGCUGCCUGAGGUUAAGUUCUAGGUGAGGGUGACAAGAGGUGGGGCUCCCUGAUGUCCAGCCACCACUCAUGACAUGAAGUCUCUGCCUUGGGCACAGUGCUGCUGAGAAUAGUGAGGCCCCACCAGAAGAGGUAAGCUGAAAAAACCCAAAGCUACUGCCCACCUCCAUCCAUCAAGUGCCUAGCUCCUAAGGUGGACUAUCACCUGGGGAGAAGUACACCCUUGUCCCCACCCCCAGCUCAAUAACCAUUGCUUGGAGAUUUUUCCCAGAGAACCUGAGGAGUUCAUCUGGAGUCAGAACAUAUAUCAAAUUCAGUUCAUAUCCACAAGGAUUGGUUCCAGGACUCCCCAAGGAUACCAAAAUCCAUGAGUGCUCAAGUCUCUUGUAUAAAAUGGCCUAGUAUUUGAUAUAAAAUACACAUAUCCUCCCAUAUACUUUGAAUCAUUAAAUUACUUAUGCAAGGUAAAUACUAAUGCAAUAUACAUGCUAGGUAAAUAUUUGUUAUACUGUAUUGUAUAGGGAACAAUGACAAAGAAAAAAGGCAGUUCAAUAUGGACACAACCAUCUUCUUCUUUAAAACAAACAAACAAACAGUAUUUUCUAUCUGCGGUUGGUUAAAUGAUGGCUGUGGAACUCAAUGAUAUGGAGGGCCAACGGUACCAACCUCCAGAACCACUCCUUCAAAGGAUCCUGUAUUUGAUUGAGUCUGUCUGUAGAGCAAUUGAAUCUCAAGGGCAUUGUUGAGAACAACACCACAAUCAGCCAGCAAUUAUUGGAGCUUAAAGCUGGUGUGGUCAGGGAAAGAGACAGUCAAAGAGGGACUGCCAAAACCACUGCCAUCACUGACUGUGGAGCCAAGGCUGCCUGAAGAAGCAAUAUCAAAUGUUCAACACCAGGGGGAGUAGGUUUCACUUAAACAAUCCAGCCCUUCACUAAAAAAUAAACAAGCAAAUAGCAAGCCCUUUGGGGGAAAAGGGGUGAGCACCCAGAGUUGCUACAAUAUAUUAUCUGUUAUCUAAAAUAUCCCAGCAAAAAAUAAUGAAACAUGCUAAGAAACAGGAAAGCAUCAUCUGUACCUCAGAAAAAAACAGCAAGAGAAACUUCCUGUAAGAGUAACUCGAUGUCAGAUUUUUAAAAAUAAAUUUUAUUUGUCUAUAUUUGAGGUUUACAACAUGACGUUAUGAGAUAUGUAUACACAGAAAAAUGGUUACAAUAGUGAAACAGAUGAACAUAGCUAUCAUCUCCUGUAGCUACUUUUUUGUGACAAGAGCAGCUAAAUAGGUGUCAGAUUUAACAAAGACUUUAAAGUGGCCAUUAUAAUAUGUUCAAAGAACUAAAGAAAGCCACGAUUCAAGAAGUAAAGUAUGAUGACAAUAUCACAUCAAAUAGGAAAUAGCAACAAAGAGAGAUAAAUUAUUUUUUAAAUGAAGAUACUGGAAUUGGAAAGUACAAUAAUGGAAAUAAAGUUCACUAGAGUUUUUAGUGGAUUAAACUGGCAGAAGAAAGAAUUCAUUAACUUUAAGAUAGAUCAACAGAGAGUAUGCAAGCCAAAGAACAGAGAGAAAAAUAAAUGAAAAAUGAACAGAGCUUCAGAGAUAUAUGAGACACCAUCAAGCACACUAGUAUACACAUCAUGAGAAUACCAGGAGAGGAGACAGAAGAGAAGGAAAAAUAUUCAACUAAAUAAUGACUGUAAAAUUUCUAAGUUGAUUGAAAAACAAUACACAUCCAGGAAGUUCAACAGACUCCAAGUAGGAUAACCACAGAGAUCCACAAAGAGUAAAAUGUACUAUAUCUCAAAUGGUAAAAGUGCUGGAGGAAAAAAAGCUGAAAGCCAAAAUCAAGUAGACAAUUUUGAAAACCUGCAAACAAAAAAACAAAACAAAGCAAAACAAAAACUUGUCCCUUACAAAAGAAUUCCCUUAAGAUUCACAGCUGAAUUCUCAUCAGAAAAAAAAAAGAAAAAAAAAAUGGUGGCCAAAAAGCAUUGGAAUCACAUAUUUAAAAUGCUCAAACAGGCCAGACAUGGUGGCUCACAUCUGUAAUCCCAGCACUUUGGGAGGCCAAGGCAGGCAGAUCACCUGAAGUCAGGAGUUCAAGACCAGCCUGGCCAACAUGGUGAAACCCCAUCUCUAGUAAAAAUACAAAAAUUAGCCAAGUGUGGUGGCACACACCUGUAAUCCCAGCUACUCGGGAGGCUGAGGCAGGAGAAUCGCUUGAACCCAGGAGGCAGAGGUUGCAGUGAGCUGAGAUCGUGCCACUGCACUCCAGCCUGGGCAACAGAGUGAGGUUCUGUCUCAAAAAAAUAAAAAAUAGGUCCCUGCAGCGGGUGUGUUUCGGCCUGGCCUGGGAAGGGCGCUUGUGUUGCAGGGCGCCGGGCCCGGGGAGGCCGGGGUCUGGGGUGGCGGCCGGCCCAGGCGCUGGACUGCGGCAGGAUGGGGAAGGCGAAGGUCCCCGCCUCCAAGCGCGCCCCGAGCAGCCCCGUAACUAAGCCGGGUCCUGUCAAGACGCUCACUGGGAAGAAAAACAAGAAGAAAAAAAGGUUUUGGAAAAGCAAGGCGCAGGAAGUAAGCAAGAAGCCAGGAAGCGGCCCCGGUGCUGUGGUGCGACCUCCAAAGGCACCAGAAGACUUUUCUCAAAACUGGAAGGCGCUGCAAGAGUGGCUGCUGAAACAAAAAUCUCAGGUCCCAGAAAAGCCUCUUGUCAUCUCUCAGAUGAGUUCCAAAAAGAAGCCCAAAAUUAUCCAGCAAAACAAAAAAGAGACCCCGCCUCAAGUGAAGGGAGAGGAGAUGCUGGCAGGAAAAGACCAAGAGGCCAGCAGGGGCUCUGUUCCUUCAGGCUCCAAGAUGGACAAGAAGGCGCCAGUACCUCGCACCAAGGCCAGUGGAGCAGAGCACAGUAAGAAAGGAACCAAGGAAAGGACAAAUGGUGAUAUUGUUCCAGAACGAGGGGACAUCAAGCAUAAGAAGCGGAAAGCUGAGGAGGCAGCCCCGGCCCCACCCACCGAGGAAGACAUCUGGUUUGACGACGUGGACCCAGCGGAUAUCGAAGCUGCCAUAGGUCCAGAGGCGGCCAAGAUAGCGAGAAAACAGUUGGGUCAGAGCGAGGGCAGCGUCAGCCUCAGCCUCGUGAAAGAGCAGGCCUUCGGCGGCCUGACAAGAGCCUUAGCCUUGGACUGUGAGAUGCUGGGCGUGGGCCCUGAGGGGGAGGAGAGCGUGGCCGCCCGUGUGUCCAUCAUGAACCAGUAUGGGAAGUGCGUUUAUGACAAGUACGUCAAACCAACCGAGCUCGUGACGGACUAUAGGACAGCGGUCAGUGGGAUUCAGACUGAGAACCUCAAGCAGGGAGAAGAGCUUGAAGUUGUUCAGAAGGAAGUGGCAGAGAUGCUGAAGGGCAGAAUUCUAGUGGAGCAUGCUCUGCAUAAUGACCUAAAGGUACUGUUUCUUGAUCACUCAGAAAAGAUUCGGGACACACAGAAAUAUAAACCUUUCAAGAGUCAAAUAAAGAAUGGAAGGCCGUCUCCGAGACUACUCUCAGAGAAGAUCCUUGGGCUCCAGGUACAGCAGGCGGAGCCCUGUUCGAUUCAGGAUGCCCAGGCAGCAAUGAGGCUGCACCUCAUGGUGAAGGAGUGGAGAGCAUGGCCCAAGAUAGGCGCCCCCUGCUGACCCCUGUGGGCCGCCAGCCCCUACGGUGCUGUCACCGCCCAUCUUCGGUGACACCCUGGGGUGAGGUGCUCAGCACCUUCCUCUCGGGGAGCCACAUUUUCCUCCUUUGUCUUAGGGGACAUAACAAGCUCUGCUGGGCUUGAGGGACCCAGACCAGGUGUCUGCAGUCAGCUCCUGAGACACGGCUGGCCGGCACAACUGGUGUUACAUCAGGGGUUUCCUGUGGCCGUUUGGACUUUGAGCGUUUAUCUAAAUAAAAUUGGCCCAGGGUUGGCUGGUGGGUCACCCAGCAGAGGCUUCUUCCCAUAGCACAAGGAUGUGUCGUCUGGGCACGGUGACCGCGGUUAUUCCUGGAGGUUGGCAGACAUGCCGACCUUGGGCUAUUUGAGCUGGAGAAGCUAUGUGAUGCUAGCCGGUAGCUUUCUUGGCUAGGCCCCAGUUCGAGGCUCCCCUGGGAACUAGAGUCAGGAACAGCCAGUGGCACUGACAAGGGGACGGAGUCCAAGGCAUUAUUGGGCCACCUGACAGCUGGACAGAAAAGGUGCAAUCACACCGAGGAUGUGAUUUAAAAUAAAUGCAGAUGUUUACUUUGAAAAUAAAUUAAAUAAAAAUAAAAAAUAAAAUAAAAUGCGCAAAAAGAAAAAAAAAACCUAUGUCCAGCAAAACUAUCUUUCAAACAUGAAGGUGAGCUGAGCAUGGUGACUUAUGCCUGUAAUCCCAGCACUUGGGAGGCAGAGGUGGAAGUAUAGCUUGAGGCCAGGAGUUUGAGACCAGCCUGCACAGCUUAACAAAACCCCAUCUCUACAAAAAAUAAAAUGAAAAAAAAAUGAAGGUAAAAUAAACUCUCAAAUAAACAAAAACUGACAGAUUUUGUAGCUAGCCAACUUCACUUCCCCACUUACAAGAAAUACUAAAUGAAAUUAUUCAGGCUAAAACAAAGUGACUCCAGAGGGUAAUUAGAAUCUACCCUAAAAAAAAAAACCCAAAAAGUGCUGGUAUAGGUAAUUAUGUAAUUACAUCGUAUAAUUGCAAAAGACAAUAUAAAAUGCAUGUUUUUUUCAUUCUUCUCUUAACUGAUUUUAAAAGCAAUUAUAUAAAGUUGUAUAUAUAGAAUGUAUAGUUGGACAUAUAACAUAUAGAAGUGCAAUAUAUUUGCCAAUAACAAUAAAAAGGAGGUAGGUGGCAAUAAAGCUGUAUAGGGCUAAAGAAAUGACUACAAAGGGUAACUUGAAUCCACAGGAACAAAAGAGAAGAACUAGAAAUAAGGAAGAAGGUAAAUAUAACAGAAGUUAUUAACAUAUACUCACUCUUCUUUCUUCUCUAAACUUCUUUAAAAGACAUAAAAUUAUAUAAUGUAAUAAUUAUGAAAGAGUCAUUGGGUUUGUAACAAUAAUGUAAUAUGUAUAACAGUAAUAUCACCAAAAGUGGGAUAAAAGGAACAGAGCUAUAUAAGAGUAAUGUUUCUAUGUAUCACUAGAACUAAGCUAGUAUAAAUAUGAAACUGAUGCUAAUAAUUUAGGACGUAUGUAGUAAGACUUAGAAUAGCCACUAAGGAAAUAACUAAAAGAAUUGUGGAAAAAAAUAAUUAAUGAAAUUAAAAUGGUACAUUAGAAAAUAUUUAACAUAAAGGGGAAUCAAGGACUGAAAAGACAUAAAACAUAUAGCACACAAAAAGUAAAAUAGCAGAUGCAAAUCUAACUAUAACAUUAAAUGUGGAUGGAUUAAAUAAUCCAAUCAAAAGGCAAGGAUUAUCAGGCUGGAUUUAAAAAAACAUGAUCUAACUAUGUAUUCUUUACAGGAGAUGCACUAGGCCCAAAAACACAGUGGGAUGAGAGUAAGUGGAUAGAAAAAGGAUGCACCGUGCAUAAAGCAAUCACAAGAAAGUUGGAGUGGCCAUACUAACAUCAGACAUCAGACAAGCUAGACUUUCAAACCAAAAAAAGUUUGUCAAGAUAAAGAGAGAUAUUUAAAAGUGAUAAAGGGAUUAAUCUAUCAGGAAGAUAAAGCAAUUAUUUAAAAAUUAUGCACCCAAUAAUGGAGCACCAACAUGGAGGAAGCAUAAACUGACAGAAAGGAAGGGAGAAACAGACAAUUCAGCAAUGAGAGUUAUAGAUUUCAAUACCACAUUUUCAAUAAUAGAGAAAAAGUUUCCAACAAGUAGUCUAAGUUUCUACCUCAAGAAACCGGAGAAGGGGCAAAAUUAAACCAAAAGCAAGAAAGAAGGAAAUAAGAAGUAGAGGAAUAUAAAUCCAUUAAAUUGACUACAGACCAAUAUCUCCCAUGAAUAUAAAUGCAAAAAUCCUCAAUAAAAUACUAUCAAAACUAAUCCAGUAACUACAAAAAGGAUUAGAUACCAUGACUGUGAUGGUUAACUUGGCUCAGGGGCCAGUUGCUUGGUCAAACAUCAGUCCAGAUGUUGCUGUGAAGUUAUUUUUUAAAUUCAAAUUAAUAAUUUAAUCAAUAGACUGAGUAAAAUCAAAUUACCUGCCAUCAUGUGGGUGGACCUCAUCCAAUCAGUUGAAGGCCUUAAGGGAAAAGACUGAGGUCUCCAGAAAAAUAUAUUCUGCCUACAGAUUGCUGUUGGACUCAAGACUACAACACGACUUGUGCUGGGAUUUCCAGCCUGCCAGCCAGCCCUACGUACUUCAAACUUGCCAGUCCCCAAAACAAUGCAAGCCAAUUUCUUAAAAUCUCUCUCUCCCUCCCUCCUACCCUCCCGCUCCAUUUUCCUCUUCCCUUCCCCCUCUCCCUUCCCUUCCCCAUCUUCCUUCCCUUCCCCUUCUCCCUCCCCUUCCCCCUUAAGCCUCUCUCUCUUUCAUUCUUUUUCCUUAGAGGUAGAAAUGGCCAGAUAUGUGAUUAUAUACCAAUUAUGGACUAUGACCAAUGGUCCAAAUGGAUGGUCAGGGACUUGGAGGGAAUAUAACUGGAAAAUUGGUGACAAGGAGGUCAUGUGUAUAGAUCUCUGAUAUUAUGUGUCAAGGUAGGUAUGUGUAUAGAUCUCUCUGAAUGGGCACAAAAAGUGAAGAUAUUUGUGUCCCAUGUGACAGCUCACCAAAGAGUGAUCUCAGAAAAGGAGGAGCUUAAUAAUCAAGUGGAGGCAGGGCACAGUGGCUCACGCCUGUAAUCCCAGCACUUUGGGAGGCCGAGGCAGGCAGACCACAAGGUCAGGAGUUCAAGACCACCCUGGCCAACAUAGUGAAACCCCGUCUCUACUAAAAAUACAAAAAAUUACCCGGGCGUGGUGGUGGGCGCCUAUAAUCCCAGCUACUCGGGAGGCUGAGGCAGGAGACUCACUUGAACCCGGGAGGUGGAGGUUGCAGUGAUUGGAGAUCGCACCACUGCACUCCAGCCUGGGUGACAGUGUGAAACUCCAUCUCAAUAAUAACAAUAAUAACAAUAAUCAAGUGGAUAGGAUGACACCAAUCAGCCUCUUUAUCCAGCCACCCUUGUCAUCAUCCAUGGGCUCCUGAACAAAAAGUGGCCAUGGUGGCAGGGAUGGAAGCUAUGCAUGGGCUCAGUAACACAGACUGCCACUCACCAAGGCUGACCCAGCAAUUGCUCCCACUGUGUGUCCAAUCUACCCUCAACAGAGACAAUAUACCCAAUCUACUGUGUGCCCAAUCUACCCUCAGCAGAGACAACACUGAGCCCUCAACAUGGUGCCAUUUUCCAAAGUGUUCAGCCAAAUACAUGGUGGCAGGUUGAUUACAUUGGACAGUUUCCAUCACAAAAGGGACAGAGUUUUGUUCUUACUGGAAUAGACAUUCUAGAUAUUGAUUUCCUUUCCCUGCACACAAUACUUCUGCCAAAACUACCAUCUGUGGACUUCCAG